AAGCGAAGCCGAACAAACCACAAAAACAAAAUUAAUAAACAGUGUUUAAGGAUUUUACUAUAAAUACCUCUCUCUCAUUUCUGAUUCUGACACACUCACACACACUUCGUUGCCUCCGUCUUUCGAUCUCAGAUCUCUCUCUCUCUCUCUCAGAAAUGGCCUCUGUAACGGGAACCUCCAUGUUCCUCACCUCUCUUUCAAAGCAAGCUCUGGUCCCUUGUGCCAGGUUCUCUACCCCAAAUUCAGUCUCCCUUUCAAUGAAGGGGAGAAACUUUCCAUCCAUUACAUUGCAGCCUAGAGGACCUUGGUUUCAAGUCUCGUGUGUGGCCAAACCAGAGACAGUGAAGAAGGUGUGUGACAUUGUCAAGAAACAAUUGGCCCUGCCAGAGGGUUCAGCUGUUACUGGAGAGUCUAAAUUUUCUGCACUUGGAGCUGAUUCUCUUGACACGGUUGAGAUUGUGAUGGGACUUGAGGAGGAAUUUGGUAUUAGUGUGGAAGAAGAAAACGCCCAGACCAUCACCACCGUUCAAGAAGCUGCUGAUAUGAUUGAUAAACUUCUUGAAAGCAAGUAAACAAGCAAAGUGGUCAUACAUACAUGUCCAUUUUGGAGUUUUUCACUAUUUUGAUGGAUGUGGUUUUUUUAAUGUUAUAAUUUUAUCUUUGGUGUUUCCAUCUGAUUGUUCCUCAAGUAACUGCUAGUUCUUUUCUGAACUGUAUUAGGAUUACUAUAUAUGCAUUUCAUUCUCCCAAUUCCGCAAAGAAUAAUCAUAAUAGAGUUGCAUGGCCAAAGAAAAAAGGAAUAUUAGACUUUCUAGAAAGAGUGGAUUGCCCAUUAAAUAUGGUGCACAAGGCUUAUUGUGUUUGAAUGUUUUAAUAUAUUUAUUCUUCUUGUUUAGUUGUGGCA